AUGGAGCUUAAUUAUGCUUGGCAUCAGGGGGACACUUUUGAUCAUCUCACGACUUGGAUAGAAGAGGCGAGACGGCUUGGAGUUGGAGGUGCCAAGCUGACAAUAUGUUUCAUUGGAAACAAAUGCGACCUCUCUGAUAGACGUGCUGUCAGCUACGAGGAAGGUGAACAGUUUGCCAAGCAGAAUGCCCUGCUCUUUAUUGAGGCAUCAGCGAAAGCUGCUCAUAAUGUUAACGAGGCAUUCACUCUGACUGCUAGAGCAAUGUGCCACAAAGUUGAAGAUGCAUGGGUUUGUUUAAUGAGAAAAUUCGAUCCAUAG